AUGGGAGAUAUCCCAAAAUAUGGUCAUGCUGAAAGUGGCACUCCUCCGGGAACACCACCCACUUUAAGACAGGGUCAUGUUUCUCAUGAUGACGAAAACAGCAACAAUUCUGUUGAGGAGGCUCUAAGAAGCUCCGGUUCGGUUGAGGAAAAUGCUAUAACUCCGGAAGGUGUCGAUGGCUUCCCAGCACAACCUCUGAUGAAUCCUGCUCCGGAUAUCCAAACGAUAUCUGGAGACUCUGCCAGAAUAGCUGAUGCCGUUAUUGACAGAGUUACUCUAGAAGUAAUCAGCAGAUUAAAUCAGAGGUUCCCUGGUUUACUGGAACCAAGCACCCCAGCCGCUUUUCUUUUGCCGUCCGACAGAGGAGCAAACAGCAUGCUCAGACAGAGAUUAGAUCAAGUGGAAGAGAUGCUGAGAUCUAAUGAAGCAGCGACUGCAACUCUGAAGUCAGCCGUGGCAGCAGCAGAAGGAGUGCUUCAAAAGAACUUAGAGUUAGAAAACGCUACUAUUAGACGUCUAGAGGUAAAUCACUCACAGCCCAACAAUUCGUUAACUCCGAAUAGCUCGACUCCUCUGAAUAAUACUAAUCUAGCAACCCGAAUACCAAAUAAUUCGGAUAUAUUAGAUGACACAAACAUUAAUUUUCAAAAUGUAGUACAACCAGUUUCAAUUAACACUGUGAGAGAAUCAGUUACUGAAAAUUCUUUUGACGUCAAUAAAGAAUUAUCUGAAUCUAUAGGCGCGUUAGCACACUCAAUUGCGAAAAACAAUAAUGUAGCGAAAGAUAAUUUUAAACGUGAAUACAAAUUAACUAGAAACAUGAACCUAAACAUUUGGUUUGACUAUUUGAAUUCUGAAUUAGAAGCCAGAGAUCUUUUAGAUGUAAUAGAUCCUUCAACAUCUUGUGCUAAGCCAUAUGAUACAUUUGAAAAGUCUAGAAGAAACAAAAUAGUAAGAGACAUAAUUAUCAAUCAUUUAGAAGAAGAUUAUCAUAAGAAAAUUUUAGAUGUUAAAGAUCCUAUUGCUAUUUUGUCAAUAAUAAAAGAUGCAAAGAAACUUGAGAAUAACGUCUCUGAAGUAACAGUAAGAGCUAAACUCUAUUCCAUGAAAAUAGGUAGAAGCGAAAAGGUCGAUAAAUUUUGUGACAGGUUUAAUGCUAUAAUAAAAGAGUCAGAACUUUGUGGAAGGGAAUUACCUCUUACCGAGGCUGAAAAAAGAUGUGCAUUUUAUCAGGCUGUAAAAGACGAAUUCCCAGGACUUAGCAUUGCAUAUUCGAUCAAAAAGGCAAAUCCGGAAAACAGUAACAUGACUUUAGAUGAAAUAAAAUCUAUCGUGUUGCAGUUAGAAGCAGAUGCACAUAGAAGACAGCUAGAAGCUAGAGGUCAGGCAAACGUAGCAGACGCGGCUCAGACUGCUUUUGGCCACCGUGGUGGCACUGAUACCUGCUGGCGGUGUAAUAAGCAUGGACAUGCAAAAGAUGACUGCCCACUCAUUACAACAAAUGAGUGGUUCUGUUAUGUUUGCCGAAGGAUAGCUUCUCACAACGGAAGAAACUGUCCGAACAAUGGACGAGGCAAUUGUGGAUCUAGAGGGUACGUAAAUAAUAUUUAUAGAGGUAAUUACAAAAGGGGUCAAAGUUCAGAGGGAGUCGGCUACAACGGAGUUUUUAGAGGAAGAGGCAAUAAUAAUAAUAACAGAGGUAGAAAUAGUAAUAAUCGAGGUAAAAAUAAUAAAGGAAACAGAGGCGGGAGUAUAUUUAGAGGUAAAAGUCGAUCUUUUAAAUCCAACGCUAGACCAUACACCCCGCACAAUCAGCAUCAGAAUAACGCCAAAACUGCAGCAGCACAUGCAGCGAUUCAAGGUAAGAGUAAUACUCAUACCUCAACUCAUAAUAUAAGUUUCCUGGCUGAUUCCGGUGCAACAGAACAUAUAAUAAAUAAAGGCUUUAUUCUAUCCAACUUUAAGGAAUGUCCUGGGGCGGUUAUUAGAAGUGCGAAUAAAAAUAGUACUGCUGAUAUUAAAAUAGAUGGAAAAGGAGACCUUGUUCUAGAAAAACUUGAUAGUCAGGGUAAAAUUGUUGUACUGCCAAACGUUCUAGCUGCGGAAAAUAUUAGUGAAAAUCUAAUGUCGCUUAGAAAGUUUGUUGAUGCAGGCUUUAGUAUAUAUUUAGAUGAUCGAAUUUUGAAGGUUUUUGACAAAGAAACAAAUCAUGUGUAUUUGUCAGGCGUUUAUAAUAAACCAAAUUGGAUAAUUUCACUAAGUAUUAAGAGUCCCGUUGAUGUUCUAGAGGAAAAAUAUCAUAGUUAUAGAUGUAACGCGAGAAUGAUCACUCUUGAUGAAGCCCCUGAGGAAACUCCUGUUAAAUCAUCUAACGUGUUAGACGAAAAUAACCAAAAUAAAAAUAUAGAUGCUGAACUUGAGAGGGAGUGCAUUGUGGAGGAAAUCAAUUCUAGUUCAACACUUAACAAUAAUCCGUCACUCAAACAUUUAAAUUGCAAAUUGGUGGACAUAGAUAGUUUAGAAGAUGCAGAUAAAAUAGAAAACCUAUUCACGUCAUUUGAAUUAGAAAAAUUACACACUGAAAAAUUAAACAAAGGUAUGUUAUGGCAUGUUAGAUUAGGUCACCCUUCGUUAGCUUAUCUCAAAGAAUUGCAGAAAUUAGAUGUAAAUUUGAAAGGAAUAAAAUUCGACGAAAAUAUAAUGAACUGUGAGACCUGUAUCCUUGCAAAAUUGACGAAACUACCGUUUAAAGAAACAAGAACCAGAGCUACCAAACCACUUUAUAUGAUUCAUGCCGAUACCAUUGGUCCAAUCAAACCAAUUUCAUUCCCAGAUCAAUGUCGAUAUAUAAUAGUUUUUGUGGAUGACUGCACCAAAUUUGCAUUGGCCUAUUCGGUAAAACACAAGUCUGAGUCAGGUGAUUGUUUAGAGGUUUUCCUGAUUAGUGCACGAAAUCUGCUUGGUAGAAAUGAAAAGGUCAGUUUUAUCCGAGCUGAUAAUGGUACUGAAUUCACAGGAGGAAAGUUUUUAGAAGUAAUGAAAAGGGAGGGCAUAGAACCAAAUUUUUCUAGCCCACACACUCCACCACAUAAUGGUACCGCAGAAAGAUUUAAUAGAACCCUUAUUGAGAAAACCAGGUCAUUAAUGAUUGAUUCUGAUCUGCCUAAGAGUAUGUGGCCGUUUGCUGUGGAUGUAUCUAUAAACUUGUAUAAUAGAACUCCUAAUAAAUCAAUUGAUUUCAAGAUCCCUUUGAAGUUAAUAAAUCCUGAAAGCAAAUGCCACAUAGAUAAAAUUAGAAGGUUUGGAAGUAUUGCUUAUGCUGCGAAACACGCCCUUGAAACAAAAUUCUCAGCCAAAGCUAUUAAAGGUGUGCUGGAUAGUGAAUUAGAAGAUGUAAAAGAAAAUACAGUGCAUUUAUAUGGAGAUAAUUUAGAAAUAUUAGAAGUCGAAGAAAACAACUUUAAAAACCUACAACAGACAUUAAACCAAAACAUGGGAGUUGACAGUUCAGUCAUACCUGAAUCUAAAGAGAAUAAGAAGACCCGAUCUACGGAACAAACUAUAGGUGUAGAGCCCGUGAGAAAGCAACCGAAAAGAAAUGUAAAAACUGCCAAAGACUAUAAGGCCAUGGAUAAAGGAAUUCCUGAUGCUCGAAUGGUAGUAGAUACCAGCUUUGCGUUUUUAAGUAAAAUAGUAGGCAUUGGCUCAGGAGAUAAAGAUGAGUCAGCAUUUGCUCUUUUAGCUGUUGUAAAUCAUGAUCCCAUUAGUUUUAAAGAAGCAAUGAGUAUGGAAGACAAAGGUGAAUGGCUUAUAGCAGUUAAAGAAGAGUUGAAAUCAAUGGAAAUAAACAAAGUUUGGAGUUUGGUGGACAGGCCAACAGUCUUGAAGAAUGGUAAACGAGCAAACGUUAUCGAUUCUAGAUGGGUAUUUAAGAAGAAAUUAGAUAAAUUACAUAUAUUGAACAGAAAAGGUAGGCUCGUUAUUAGAGGAUUUAUGGAUAAAAAUAAUUAUGAGCUCAGAGAAACAUAUGCACCAGUUUCUAGACUGCCGGUUAUAAGAGCAGCUCUAGCUGUUAUAAACAAGCUGGAUUUAGAAGUCCGCCAGUUAGACGUAAAAACAGCUUUCUUAAACGGUACUUUAGAUGAAGAUGAAGAAAUCUAUAUGGAAAUACCAGAGGGUUUAGAAGUAGAUGAAUUCACUAGAAAGACUAAAGUUUGUAGAUUACAUAAAGCACUGUAUGGUUUAAAAAUAAGUCCCAAGAAGUGGAAUGAACGGUUCACAGAAGAAGUAUUAAAACUGGGUUUGCAAAAGGAUAUUAAUGAGCCCUGCUUGUUUACUUAUAGAUAUAAAGGGAUUAUUGUUUUUCUAGUCUUGUAUGUGGAUGACAUUAUUACGGCGAGCAAUUGUUCAAAGAAAUUAAAAGAAAUAAUAGAUCAUUUGAGCGGCGUCUUCCAAAUGAAAAAUUUGGGCGAACCAAAACAAUUCUUAGGUAUGACCAUAAAGAGAGAUAGAGGUAGCAAAAUAUUGAAAAUCAAUCAAACAGAGUAUGUUUACAAGGUGUUAGAAAGGUUUGGAAUGACUGAUUGUAAUCCACACGAAACACCUAUGGUCACUCGACAAGCUAGAAGCAAGAAAAUCAAUCAAGUUCAAGAUAAGACUAUGAGAAAAUUAGAUGUUCCAUAUAGAGAGGUCAUUGGAUGUAUUUCUUACCUGGCAAAUGCUUCACGACCGGAUAUCUCCUUUGCAGUAAAUUUCCUCUCGCGUAAGCAAUCUAAUCCCUCCGAGGAAGAUUGGUUAGACGUCAAAAGAGUACUUAGGUACUUAAAGGGAACAGCUGAGUUAGGACUUACAUUUAGAAGUGAUGGUGACACUUUGGAAGCCUACUCUGAUUCAAGUUUUAAAGACUGGCCAGAUUCCACUUCCACUAGUGGCAUGGUCAUUUCAUUAUAUAAAGACACUGUUGCAUGGAGAAGUCAUAAACAAACUUUGGUAACUUCUUCAACCUGUGGGUCAGAGUAUUUGGCGAUGAGUGAGGUAUGCAAAGACAUCAUUUCGUUGGAUAAGGCAUUAAGAGAUAUAUUAGGCUACACCAUGUAUCCAGUUACUCUUUACUGUGAUAAUCAGUCUGCCAGAGAUUGUACCCAAAAGGAGGGUAGCCAUAAACUUAAAGAUUUUGAUGAUACUUUAGAAGAGAUUAAGAAACAUCUGGUUGAAAGGGAAAGAACUGGUGUUAAAAGAAAAUUGUCUGAUACUCAUGGAGAUUUCGUGAAGCAGUGUGUUUUAGAAGGUAAAGUCAGUAUUAGAGGGGUAUCUACACAUGAUAAUGUUGCUGAUAUAUUUACUAAGCCACUUUCUCUUCAGCCCUUUAGAAAAUACAGAAAUAUAUUGCUGAACCAUUACAACUGA